UACCUAGACGCAUCGAUUUCAUGCUUUGUUGCUCGCAACAAAGUGCUUUACAUGAUCGCGGAUGAUCCAGACUGACGUAUAAAGUCAAAUGUAGUUCCCCUUGCUCCGACACACAUCUCUGCGGUCUCUACUCGUUCACGAUGAUCCCAUUCACAUCGGCGUGUCUAGCGACCGCAUUCGACUGUAGCGUUGGCUACAAUUGCACUUCGGAGAACCAUUUUGAUAUCGCUACAAUGGAUGAAGAGCUGGCAUCAUUCAAGUUCCCGAACAACCUUUACGAUGCUGUGGCUCAUGCCUGGGAUUCACGUAAUUGCCCACAUACUCAGGGUUUUGGUCAGAAACGACCAUGUUAUCUCGCCAGUGCGAUGGAAAGUUCACCUUCCGAUAUGGGAGUAACAUGGGACAGGCCUGGUUAUCGUCCUUGUCGUUCAUCUUACGAGGAGAGAUGUGGUGCUGUGUCUGUGAGACCAAGUGAGGUAAACUCCCUGCGCCCCUGCACUCCGCCUCUGGACUGCGAGGAUUUUCAAGCGUUCCGAUCGCAUCGUAGACGUGAUAGCGCAGUUUAUGACAGACCAUUUGUCACCCAAUGUGACGAUCAUCCAUCUGAUGUCGAUGAUGACUGCGGUUAUUCGACAGACGGUACAAUGUCAUGGCAGCUGCAUAGCGUCACACAGGAUUCACCGAUGCCUUCGGCUUCUUCUCCUCUCGGUUCUGUGUCAUGGUCCGACAGUUCUGAGGAUGGCUAUACUUCUUCUACCCCCGAUGACGGUUAUGAUGAAAUUAAUGUUCCCCAUCCAUGUACUCCAGCUUCUUCGAAUGUCAGGGUUCCGGGCACCCCGACUGCGGUCACAAAGAAGAGACGAAAUGCAUCAGCUCCGCCCAGAGAUAGCACCAAAAGGCAAAAAUGCCUCAGAGACGAGCGAAAAGCUACAACUCGCAAGCGGUGUUCCUCGUCCGAUACUUUCACGCCCACUUACAAAACCGAUGACUCUGAAUAUGAAUCAUCGACAUCGGUCAAAGAAAGAAGUCUCGCUGGACCCAAACAGACCUUAUUUCCCUGUUUACUCGACGGCUGCAGGCAGGUCUGUCACAGUGCCACCGAUCUUGCACGCCAUCGGCAGUGUCUUAGACAUCGUGCUCCUGAAUAUUCAUGCUUGGGUUGCCGACACCCGUUCACUCGUCCUGAUGCUUUGAAGAGGCAUCUUCAUGGAAAGCAUGCCUGCAAACAGGCGCAUCGAGCGGCUCGGGUUGCUAGCAAGGCUUAGAGGAUUUUUUAUUGUCUUCGCAGUCCUAUCGGCCACCAAUUGCAUUAGAGGUCCUUCCUCGAUCUCCGGUGUCAUCUUGGUCCGAAAGUGCGGUGAGCACGUCAACAGUGUCGAUGGGAACACGCAAGAGUUCAUUGUCAAUGAGUUUGUCGUCGGGGU